GUGCACAGUUCUCCUUUUAUAUUUUACUAUAACUACUGCUUGUGGAUUAGUGUCUUCAGCUGACUGCAAGGCAAGUAGUGGCAGUGAACCAAGCCCCAACACUAUGACUUAGACCCAGUAAGGAGGCGGCAGAUGUGCCCUACUUUGGAUACUUCUGCAUUGCAUGUCUAAGGAGCUCCAACUAAUCCUGAGCCAUGUCACAGAUGCUGCACAUAGAAAUUCCCAACUUUGGGAACACCGUCUUGGGCUGCCUGAAUGAGCAGAGGCUGCUGGGGCUUUACUGUGAUGUCUCCAUAGUUGUCAAAGGCCAAGCCUUCAAGGCACAUCGUGCGGUGUUAGCAGCCAGCAGCCUGUACUUCAGAGACUUGUUUAGCGGGAACAGCAAAAGUGCAUUUGAGCUCCCAGGUACGGUGCCACCAGCCUGCUUCCAGCAAAUCCUUUCAUUUUGUUACACUGGGAAACUCACAAUGGCCGCGAGUGAACAGCUGGUAGUGAUGUACACUGCAGGUUUCCUACAGAUCCAACAUAUCAUAGAAAAAGGGACAGACUUGAUGUUCAAAGUGAGUUCUCCCCACUGUGACUCUCAAACCACCAUGAUAGAAGAUCCUAGUUCGGAACCUCAGAGCCCUUGUAACCAAUUGCAGUCUGCUUCUGUGCCCUACGUCAUGUCCCCUUCCAUGCCCAUCCCGCUCCUCACCCGGGUGAAACACGAAAAUCUCGAGCUGCAACCCACAGCAGUGUCAGGCCUUCCUGCCAAGCGACCCUUGGAAGCCAGCACUCGGGAUAGUACAGGAGGGAGCGUUUCUAAUGCUGCUCCACUAAAGUUGUCUCGUGUUUCAUACUAUGGAAUGCCCAGUUUAGCUACUCUCAUCCCAAACAUACAGCAAGUCCAGUACUCCCAAGGGGAGCGGACAAGCCCAGGAGCCAGCAGCAUUCCAACUACUGAUAGUCCCACUUCCUACCACAAUGAGGAGGAUGAAGAAGAUGAUGAGGCUUAUGAUACCAUGGUCGAAGAACAGUAUGGUCAGAUGUACAUCAAAUCCUCAGGAGGAUAUUCAGUAGCUCAAGAGAAGCCAGAGCAGAUCCCACUAGAGAGUCGUUCGUGUGUCCUCAUUCGACGUGAUUUAGUUGCUCUUCCAGCAAGUCUUAUCAGUCAAAUUGGAUAUCGGUGCCACCCAAAACUGUACUCAGAGGGAGAUCCCGGAGAAAAACUUGAACUUGUUGCAGGCUCAGGUGUUUAUAUCACCCGGGGGCAGCUCAUGAACUGUCAUCUAUGCGCAGGUGUCAAACAUAAGGUUCUUCUGAGACGUCUUCUAGCCACUUUCUUUGACCGGAACACACUUGCCAAUAGCUGUGGAACUGGAAUUCGGUCCUCCACGAGUGAUCCGAGCAGGAAGCCCCUGGACAGCAGGGUUCUUAAUGCAGUGAAAUUGUAUUGUCAGAAUUUUGCCCCAAGCUUUAAGGAAAGCGAGAUGAAUGUUAUUGCAGCCGAUAUGUGCACCAACGCCCGACGAGUCCGCAAGCGCUGGCUUCCGAAGAUUAAGUCCAUGUUGCCGGAAGGGAUGGAGAUGUACCGCACAGUCAUGGGCUCCACAACAAACAGUGUCCCCCUGGAUCCGGAAUUCCAGCCCAGCACCGCUCAAGUCUUUGAGCAGCGAAUCUAUGCAGAAAGGAGGAGUGAUUCGGGAACUAUAGUAGCUUUGAGAACUAACACAGUAAAUGUCGACCUAAGCAAUGGAUCCAACCAAUCAUUUGAACAGAGUGAGGAUGCCGAAGGGGCUGGCUCUGUUAUACAGGAGGCAGCUGGAACAGAUGUCAUGGCGUCAGAUACCCAAAGCACUCCACAACCUUUCGAACAAGGUGCCGGCUCCACUAGCCGGCCAGAAACUCCAGUGAGAAGACAAGAUGGCACUUAUGGAGGGACUUUAUAAAAGAGAGAAAACAUUUUGUGACCUAUAAGGGAUCCGUAAUACUAAAGCUGCUUGCAUGCAUUACUAAUACAAAAAAAUGUGAUCAAGCCACUUACCUACUGAACUGCUACUGUUGCCUGAAAAAAAUGUGAU